GGAACAUGCAAGCUCGCAUCGCAAAUGGCGCUGCUGCCGCAGUCGAUUGACGAUUACGAGAAGCUGGAGAUGGUCGGAAAGGGCACAUACGGGUGCGAAGCGAGCAGAGAUGGCUCUGGGAGUGGCCGAGGCUGGGCUGGCUCUGUGUGUGUGUUAUGGAUGCAUCCCUGUUGGCAGGACAGUGCACAAGGCUCGUGAAAAGAAGACGGGUCAACUCGUGGCACUCAAGCGGAUCAACAUGCGCAAUAUGAAGGAAGGGGUAUGCUAUGCACGUGUGGACGCAGGCAGACAGACAGGCAGACAGACAGGCCUCAUCUAUUGCAAAGCAGCAUGACCGAAUCUGCAUACAUUGUGCGUGCAGUUCCCCAUCACAGCCAUUCGUGAGAUCAAACUUCUUCGCCGUCUGCGUCAUCGGAACGUGAUCGCCUUCCUGGGAAUUCUCACACCGACGCGUACGCACUUUGACACAAUGACAGACAUGAUUGACACACACGAGGUGCCGCGAGGCCGUGCUGCACACACAUGGCCUCUCUCGAUCUCUGUGGCUGCAGCUGCCCCCGCAGCUGAUGCCUUCGACUGCUCCACAGCUGAUGUGGCACAGGACAGCAACCAAGGCGACAGUAAGGGCGGUGAUCCACCAGCAGGGCAGCCGCCGCCGCCGCCGCCGGACAGUGCCAUCGCCGACCCAGCAUCUGGGCCUGAUGAGCACUCUCCCGCCAUCUACAUGGUAUUUGACUACAUGUACCAUGACCUUCUUGGCCUUUCAGAGUGGCGGCACGGAAAGGUAGGGUGGGUGGUGCGUGGCGUGCAGAUGAGAUGCGAAGAUGGUGGAUAUGUAUGUGGUUGUGUGGUUGUUUUGUUUGUUGUGUGUGCUGUGCUGUGCAGUUUGAUUUGUGUGAGAUCAAGUGUCUGAUGCGUCAGCUGCUGGAGGGGCUGCAGCACUGCCACCAGCACCACAUCAUACACAGAGAUAUCAAAAGUGAGUAGUCACGCGCGCCACUCGCGCCUCCCCUGCCCCCUCAACAAACAAAACACACACACGUGCAGUGCAGAAGCGGCCGUGCUGUGCUGUGCUGUGCUGUGCUGUGCUCUGGUGUGUUUAUUGUGCUGCAGGUUCCAACCUGCUGCUGACGAAGGAAGGCGAGCUCAAAUUGGGCGAUUUCGGUCUUGCCAGGUCAGCGGAGCGGAGGGCCUGGUCCGUCCAUGCAUUCUUCAUUCGUUGUGGUCAUCUACCUUUGUCCUACUCAUCAGGCUGCAUGUCAAGUCGUCCCAGCAGGCGCACUACACCAACCGGGUCAUCACACUGUGGUACAGACCGCCGGAGCUGCUGCUUGGUUCGGUCAAGUACGGCACCGCUGUCGACAUCUGGUCCGCUGGGUGCAUAUUGGCUGAGCUGAUGACGGGGAAGCCUCUAUUCAACGGCGAGAGCGAGAAGCACAUGCUCGAGAUGAUCUUCAGGGUGAGGCAGGCUGGCUGACCGAUCGGCCGAUCCACCGCACUGCAGGCCGUGCGUCCGUGGGCUGGUGUGGUAUGUUGGGUGUAUGUUUCAUUCAUGUGUGCAUUAAUGGGAUGCCAAUACAGUCAUUCAUUCAUUCAUUUAUUGUGCAUUCAUCCAGUUGUGCGGGGGUCCUGACAGCACGACAUGGAGCGAGGCGGUGCGGCUGCCCGAGUGGGAGAAACACAGGCCGGCGAGGCACUUCCCACGCACCAUACGCAGCAGAUUCAGAGAGUAUGGACGCAGCGCAGAGAGAGUGGGGCAGAGGGACUGAGGGACUCCAGCGCCAUGAGCCAGCCCAUCCAGCCAGGCACAUCAGACGCUAAUGUGUGCGUGCGUGCGUGUGUAUGGUUUGUGUGUGCUUGAUCAUGCAGCUGGGAUGAGACUGGCGUCGAUCUGCUGGACAAGAUGCUCACACUCGACCCAGGCAAGACACAGACACACACAAAGACACACAGACACACACACACUCCCGUAGACACAUGGACAAAGAGAGAGAGCAUUGCUUUCCCUUCCCGACUCGUCGGUUCCUUCAGAGUGUCGGGUCACGGCGAGUGCAGCUCUGGAGCACCCCUUCUUCACCCACAGCACCCCGCUGCCCUGCCAGCCCAGUGACAUCAAGCUUCCCGACCGGAGCUGCCACGAAAUGGGUGUGGUCGGCAGCAAACGACCACACCCACCCGAUGCCCCCCAGCAGCAGCAGCAGGAGCCGCCCCGCAUUCCCUCUGACCCGUCCCAGCCACUGCUGCCGCUACCUGGGCACAUAUCUGCGCCGCACCACCAUGCGCUCCUGGCGGCUCUGGACAUCAAGCAGGAGAAGGGCAGCAAGAGGCACAAACCGCAUGAAUGAAUCAAGGCAUCGAUACGAUGAGUUGCGGCAGGGUUGGCGGGGUGCGUAGGUGUGUCGUGCGGGUGAGCCAAUGCAUGAGACCAGUGCAGGAAUGGAAGGACCCAGCCAAGUAAAUGCAUCACCCUGCCCGCUGUGUCGCCCUGCACCCAUGUCGUCCAUUAUCGUGUACGGCGCUGUGACCCGUCGUCUCUCGGUGUGCCGUUUGUUGGUCCGACCCGAUCAGAUCAGAAGAAAAGCGUCGUGAUGGCCAUGAUGAAGCAGCAGGCGGACACGUAAGGGCUCAGCCGUUCUCCGAUGCGGGCCAUCUUCCACAGGAGGC